ACACGUAAACGGUAGGCUGAUUUUCAAGCUGUUUCUGAUGUUUUAUUCAAUAACCUAGAUAAUAGAUACUAUUUAAUAUCACAUAUUCUGCGUCCCAUCUGUUUUACAUGUAGUGUAACGUCUAGUUAAACAUAACAGUUAUAUCUCUGAAUAUUUAUUUUCUUGGCUUUAUUUUAUUAUAAUGGCUUUAUGUGGACAUAAAUCGAAGUAUUUAGUAGCUGGUAUGAUAAUAAGUAUUUUUUUAGUUUGGAGAUUUCAUGAUCCAGUUCCAUCAGCACUGACUUCAAACGUCGAUAACGUACAUAAAGAUAUCGAAUCUGCUUUGAACGAAAAUGUUUAUAAAAUUGUUUCUAAAGAAACGGUACCAGAUUCAAAGGAUUCGGAUAAUUCAAAAGGUCAUUCGGAUACCCAAUUCCUGGAACAUUCUUCUCCUAUCACACCUGUAUACAUUGUAGAGGAACACCACGAAGUAAUUCCAUAUUGGUUCAAGGCUGCCAAAGAGGGAAAGAUACCUACCCGUGGCAACGUUUUGGUUCAUAUUGAUGGUCACCCUGAUACUGUAAUCCCAAAUUUUGAACAAGGUUUACCCAUCUUUCAUCAGCCACGCAUUUUGCGUCAUUUUAAACAACUGAUGCAAUCUAACGAUGGAUUUAUAAUACCAUCCGUCUACGCAGGACUCAUCUCAAGAAUGAUCUGGGUCUAUCCAUCCUGGAACAAAGACGUUGAUAAUAAUCAUGUAACAAUGUCUGGAUUUGGAUAUGCUUUCGGGCGUACCUAUGAAGAUGACCUUCCACUUUGCUAUUGUGAAGAAUAUCUUUCAGAGUCUGAUAAAAUGGAAUGUUAUUACAUUGGUGAGACUUCCCAUCAUCACAAAAUAAUAUCACGAACUGACUGUAAAAUAAAACAAAUAGUAAUCCAGGAGGAUAUAGUCGAUUAUAAAGCUGAAGAACUUUCACAAUCCGAUGAUUGGAUACCUUCAACUGAUAAUGUGUUCUUUGAUAUUGACGAAGAUUAUUAUGGGUGUCAAGCUGCUUUCCAAUCCCUCGCGGAUGUGAAAAUUACAGAAAAAUAUGUAGACGAUGUACUAGUGCCAGCUAUUGAAUCCAUUUUCUGUCCACGAAAUGCCAAGUCUGAACAGGCUUUUGAUAAGAUUUUCUACAAUUUAUUGCAACGUGUUUCAGAUAAACCUAAAAUUCAACCAAAUAAUAUAAUUCAGGACACGUUGCAAGCAAUCACACAGGAUAACCUAUCUGCGGAACUCUGUGGUACGAGAAACGCCGGGAUCGGUAUUAAAAGCCUGAUUGGAAAGUUAGAUGUUUUAAAUAAGAAACAACUGCGGGCCCUGGCAGAAUUGGGGAUUUGUUUAAAGUCCACACCAAAAGAGACUGGCUUCGAUCGCUUUGAUGGUAUGAAAUUAUGUGACGGUUACAAUCGAGAUAAUAACCAUAGUCACGUUUUCUUUCAUACGCCUACUUUGGAUGAAAUAAAUAAAAGGACAAAACAAAUGGAAAGUAUAUUAAGAAAACUCCCAGAGCCGAAAAUGGUAACUAUUUGUCGAUCAUCGAGAGAUGGAUAUGUUCCUGGUCAAUUUGUAUCUAAAAUAGAGACAGAUAUUAUUCAGACACUUGUUAAAGUGUUUCCUAGUAUAAAAGAAAGCUCCUUACUUUAUGAUGCUGAAUUACAUGGUGGAAAAAAGGGCUGGUACAAAAGACAUUCAGAUACUCCCUGGUGAAAAUUGACAGCUUAUGACACAACAUUAUAUAAAUUGUUACGUUACUUAAAAGUACGAACUAGCAGAUAUAUAGAAAUCGUCAAUUUACAAUUCAUAAAAUGAUUUAUUAUAGUGCAGAACAACAAUCACAAACUCGAUAAAACAAUGUGGAUUUUACAAAUAAUAUAAAAAAAAGUCGUCAUGGACAUUAAAUAUUUUAUAGGAUGUUUAAUGAAUCAAACAAGAUGACUAGUGAUCACCUUGCCGCGCCUCUGCACUUGUUUGGAAGGCAUAAGGAAAACAACUUCUUGGAAUAUCAAUGGGACUAGUCAGAAGAUUCAUAGUCAGUAGCCCACAGUAGCUUUUUAUACAUAACAAAAUAAAAUACUAUAAAAGGUUGAUGUUUGUACAAAGUUUCAAAAAGAUUCCUUGAACGAAUAAUGAAAUAUGCUCAGGAAACGAAAUAGGUUGAUGAAGGUAUCUUGAACAGUUUCUGAGGAACGAAUAAUGAAAUAAGCCCAGGAAACGAAAUGGUUUGAUGAAUGUACACGUGUUAGAAAGGUAUCGUGAACAGUUUCUGGGAAUAAUAAUUAUAUACCAAAAACUAAGUCAAAUGUGUAGUAAAAAUUCAAAAAGCAUUGAACAGAGAAAUUUGUUUCCAUGGAAACACAAAAAUUAUUAAAUCCGAAAAAUCUCUAAUUACUAACACAGGUUGAUGUUUGUGCAAAUUUUCAUGAAAAUAUUUUGAAUAUUGUACACCAAAAACUAAGUCAAAUUUGUUUCCAUGCAAACACAAAAUAGAUUAAACCUCAGAAAUUCCAAAUUAGCAAUGGCACAACUAAUAUAAUAGGUUAAUAUUUGUACAAAGCUUGAAGAUAGCUUGAAUGGUUUAUGAGAUAUGCCCUGGAAACAAAAUUGUAUACUAUAAACUGUCAAAUUUGUUUCCAUGGAAACACCCAAAAAAUCCAUGAAAUUCCUAAAUAGCAAAAGGCACAACUUCUGUAAUAGGUCGAUGUUUGUGCAAAGUUCCAAAAAGAUAUCUUAAAGGCACAACUACUAGCACAGUUAAUGUUUGUACAAAGUUUCAUGAAGAUAUCUUGAAUGGUUUAGGAGAUAAAUGCUCCGGAAAUAAAAUUGUACAAAUUUGUUUCCAUGGAAACACAAACAAUAUAAAUCCCAUAAAUUCCUAUAUAGCAAAACGUACAACUACUGUAAUAGGUUGAUGUUUGUACAAAGUUUGAAAAAGAUAUCUUGAACGAUUUAUAAGAUAUGCUCCGGAAACGAAUUCAGGAGGGACGGAGCCCAUUUCAAUAUCCCUCCUAACUUCGUUUGGCGCGGGUAAUAACCUACAACUGGUUUUAGUAUGACAUAUCCGGUUUUGUUUAUGACGACCCAGCUUUAGAGUUAAGUGUAAGGACCAUGAUAUCUGGCCUGUAAUGGACAAGAGGGGAUAGUUUUACAGCCUAGAGUCUUAUCACCAGAUUUAACAAUAUGGUUAUUAGAAUUCUUACAGGUAUCAUAACAAUAUUUCAUAGCUACUUUAAAAUUGUUGUGUAGUUUAAUUCUUCACAUGAGAAAUGGAAAUUACAAAAUAGCCUCAGCUGGCUUCCAUAUUACCUCCCCGUAUCUAUUUUCAGUUUCAUAAUCUAGCUUUGGAUAAUUAAUGUUGUUACGCAAACCUGCAUCCCCACCAUUUUUGACACAUAUAAAGUAGGACUCGAUAAAUGAAAACAUUAAAAGUCACCAUUGAAAAUAUUAACAAAGAAAUAUUGCUGUAUUUAUUAAUUAUCCUUGUUAUUCUAAGUUAUUGUAUUAGGUAGAUAAGUAAAUAUUUAUUUAUAUUA